CCGUGUGUGUCCCAUCCCUAUGGAUCUGGUGAUGGUGGUGGACUGUUCAGCUAGUAUUGGGCAAGACUUUCCCAUUCUGAAAAUGUUCCUUAGCAACCAGCUGGCCAAAUUUGAUAUAGGGCUUGGUGCAACACAGACGCGUGUCUCUGUGGUGAGACUAGGGGAUAAGACUAUUCUACCACAGCACGCCACUCUUUUAUCGCAAUCGAGAGACAUAGCGGCCGUCAGCACAGCCAUCUGGGCCUUACAGGGUGGUGCUCAGACCACAAACAUUGCCAGUGCCAUAGAAGUGGCAACACAACUCUUAGACAAAGAAUCCACAGAUCCAAAUAAAGCCAAGGUGAUAUUCAUUGUGACGGAUAGUCAGUCGUUGAAUCCGUUUGAGACCUACUACCGGUCCAUCCUAGCAAAGGAGAAGAACUACUAUGUGUUUGUACUGGUUGUUGGAGGGGUUAACCCCUUACCAGAGAUGCAGAGGAUUGCUUCAGAGGCGAACAAAGUCCAGAGCAAGACCUUUGACGUGUUAGUAAAUACUGAUGUGACUGGAGAAAUAUGUCAGGCUGCUACCUCCUGGAGUUCAGUCGUUGUUGUCCCUGAUGACCCAUGCAACCUCCUCAUGGAUCUUGUGUUAAUAAUGGAUUUCUCAGCCAGUUCCACUCUUGACCCAUUGGGAAAAGUUAAGCUGGCUAAUUUCAUCAUGAAUCUUCCUCUUGCUACCAGCAAGGUAAAUGUUGGGGUUAUACCAUUUGGUGACAAAGUUAAUGACCUCAUAUUGGAACUAUCCAGUGAUGCAACAACUGUUACUAAUUUCAUCCUCGCCCAGACGCUAUUCAGAAUUCCAGGGACAGAGACUGCAGCUGCACUUGAAGCGGGUCUAACAAUGCUGCUAAACCGCGGCAGGAUAAACGCUGUAAAGGCCAUGAUUGUUGUAACAGAUGGUGCUUCUACUAACCAUGCAAGCACUGUACAGAAGUCUCUAGAGAUUAGAAGCCAAGGUGUGUAUGCUGUGUGUAUUGGUGUGGGCAACGUGUUCGUAGAUGAGGUGCGAGCCAUUGCUGAUACAGGAUCCAACUCUCUCAUAAUCAGGGAUAACAUACAAGACGUCGAUGUCCAAGAAAUUGUGGAGAGAACCUGCCCUGCCAAUUUCAAGUGUUCCUACAAUCUGCAUGUGACAUUUAUCUGGUUUAUACAAGGAUUGACGGUGUAUGACAAAGCCAAAACCUUCACUAAAGGCCUGUCAGAUAGAUUUGCCAAUAUAUUGGCCAGUGUUGUGGACGUGAGCGCCGUCACAGAUAUCACCGCGGCAUUAGCAGCAGCCUUUGACGAGAUGGGCAGGAGUGUUCUCAAGGACACGGUGCAUAACAUCAUCAUCAUCACGGACCGAGCACAUGGCGACAUCGGCAAUGCCAUAGUUCUACAACAAGUUGCAGAAGCAGUACAGAGGGCAAAGGACUCUGGGAUCAAGGUGACCUUGAUUCAUGGCAACCCAGCAGCAGACACUGGCAAACUGUGGGAACAAUAUGCCUCCUCACCGAAGUUUGCUUUUUAUGCGGACGAUUUCACAGAAAAGCUAACUGCUUGGAAAAUACACCGGAGUUUAUGCAAAGAGCCAUGUGUGAGUGGCUUUGAAAUCAAGCCCAGCGGUGAGUGCGGCAUGUGUGGGCUUGGGACGUACCGUGAUGCACGUGCCUCCUACAGAUGUAUGGUGUGUGACCUGGGAGCCAGUACGUCCAACCCAGGAUCUACAUCUCCUUUGGACUGCAUAUUGCAGAAGUGUCCAAAGCCCAUGGAUCUGGUACUUAUUGUGGACAACUCGGAUGGGAUAUUGCAGGCUGAAUUCUUUAAGGUGCAGGCCUUCCUCUCAACCCUGGUCAACGGAUUUGAAAUUGAUCAAGCCAAAACAAGGAUAAGCCUGAUAGAAAUGGCUGAGCCAUUCGACAGCCGUAUUUUCAAGCUGUCCCAGUCUGUGAACAGUGUGGCAGUCCAGGGUCGCAUCCUGAACAUCCCUGAGGGAGCAAGCUCUAAGGCUUUGACCGGUCAGGCUGUGCAAGCAGCAACCACGCUGUUCAAGCAAGAGGGUCGCAAUCCGAAUGGGUUUCCUCUAAUCAUUGUGUCUCUGUUGAAUGGGCCAUCUGAUAGCUCUUUCGAUACAAAGUACUACAGUGCCAAAGCACAGCUUGGUGGAGCACACAUGCUUUCUGUUGGACUCGGGAGUGCUGUUUUACGAGAUGAGCUGAACGCUUUAGCUUCUGAUCCACUAAAAGACAAAUAUGAGUCGCCUCCGUUUUCUGUUGACGCGACUGAUUCAGCAAAACGAGUUCAAGACUCCAUUUGUCAAGCUGCCAGCAACUACAAGCCGAUUACUCCAGACAACCCUUCAGGCAGCAUUUUAGGUGAGUGCCAGGCUAACAUGGACAUGGUCAUCGUCCUCGACGCAUCCAUCAGUAUCCAGUCAGACACCUUCAUGGCUUUGAAAAUUUUCCUAAAUGACUUUGUGUCCAGAUUGGAUGUUGGUCCAGACAAGAUUCGUAUAGGAGUUGUGGCUUUCUCCGAUGUGGUACACACCAGUAAUGUGUUCAAUCUCAAAGACUGCGUGUCGAUGUUCGAUCUCUUGUCCCUUGGAAUAUUUAAUCAGAUACAAAAAAGCAACCCGGGUACCAACACAGCAGACGCUCUCAGAACCACGAUUGAGAUGUUCAAGACUCAAGGCCGACAGAACUCUCCCUAUGUGGCCAUAGUGAUGACAGAUGGGAGGUCAGACAACGCUGUUGAAACUGCCAAUCAGGCAAAUGCAGCCAAGGAUUUGGGUAUCCAUGUUGUGACCAUUGGUUAUGGCAACAGUUUGUUCACUGAAGAGCUCUAUGUGAUGGCCACAGAUGCAAACUCGGUGAAGAUUAUCAACAACUUUGCCGACCUCACAGUGAAGGAACUUCUAGAUCUCUCAUGUGCAUUCAAUUUUAAAUGCUCUCUGACUAUGGACGUGAUUGCCCUGUGGGAUACACAAGACUUUGAAACAAUCAAACGUGCCCAGAAAUUCAUUGAGAACCUUGGCAAAAGCUUUAGUGGAUCAGUGCUUAGCAACGUAUUUGUACAUCAUGUGCAACAUGUUGGACUGGCUAUUAAGGAGGCGUAUGAGACACUGGCUGCUCGACCCCCAUCAGCUGCAGUGACACAGGCCAUUCUGAUCAUCACAGACAAAGACCUGACCAGUACUGUCAAAGAUUCUAUGAAAACCUGGACGGACACUGCCAAGAACGCUGGAAUGAUUGUGGCAGUUGUUGAUUCACGGAAGCCUACACCCAACGGAAUAGAUGAACUAGCAUCCAAUACAAAACAGAGCUUCCAGACAAACAUGUUUGACAUGCUUCCAUACAGUCUUGUUAUACAGAGGAGUCUGUGUACAGGGCUGUGCCGUCGCGGGAACUACAUCAACUCCCAGGCAUCAGGGAACUGCAUGGAGUGCCCAGUGAACACGUACAAUGAUCAGUUCAACCAGCUCACUUGCAAGCCCUGCCCAAUAGGAACCACAACCAGGGCAUCCGGCAGUGACGAGCUCACUGACUGCAGGCCAGAUUGGUGUGACCCUGGCCACCAAUAUGAUGAUCCCACGGACAAAUGUGUACCAUGCGGUAUUGGCUUCUUCAAAACCAACAAUGACAUGAACUGCAUUAGAUGCCCCAAUGGUCAGACUACAUAUACAAACACUGCUACAUCUGGUGCAGCAUGCCAAGCGGUCUGUGGUGUAGGCAACUACAUCGAUGUGUCCAGUGGGGCUUGCCUCCCUUGUCCUGAAAACACAUACAAUGACAAGGAGAACCAACUCAAGUGUAUCGACUGUGUCCCACCAAAGCACACCAUGGGAACAGGAAAGGAUGAGGAAUCAGACUGUAGGCUAGAUUGGUGUGGCCCUGGCUACCAAUAUGAUGAUCCCACAAACAAAUGUGUACCAUGCGGUAUUGGCUUCUACAAAACUAACAAUGACAUAAAAUGCAUCAACUGCCCCAAUGGUCAGACUACGUUCACAGACACUUCUACAUCUGGAGCAGCAUGUCAAGCUGCUGGCUGUGGUAAAGGCAACUUCAUCAAUGUGGCUAGUCAGACUUGCCUCCCUUGUCCUGAAGACACAUACAAUGACAAGGAGAACCAAGUCAAAUGUAUCGACUGUGUCCAACCAAAGCACACCAUGGGAACAGGAAAGGAUGAGGAAUCAGACUGUAGGCUAGAUUGGUGUAACCCUGGAUACCUGUAUGUUGAUGAUCUCAUCGACAAAUGUGUACCAUGCGGUAUUGGCUUCUACAGAACUAACAAUGACAUGAAAUGCAUCCAGUGUCCAAAUGGUCAGACUACGUACACAGACACUGCUACAUCUGCAGCAGCAUGUCAAGCUGCUGCCUGUGGUAAAGGCAACUUCAUCAAUGUGGCUAGCCAGACUUGCCUCCCUUGUCCUGAAGACACAUACAAUGACAAGGAGAACCAAGUCAAAUGUAUCGACUGUGUCCAACCAAAGCACACCAUGGGAACAGGAAAGGAUGAGGAAUCAGACUGUAGGCUAGAUUGGUGUAACCCUGGAUACCUGUAUGUUGAUGAUCUCAUCGACAAAUGUGUACCAUGCGGUAUUGGCUUCUACAGAACUAACAAUGACAUGAAAUGCAUCCAGUGUCCAAAUGGUCAGACUACGUACACAGACACUGCUACAUCUGCAGCAGCAUGUCAAGCUGCUGCCUGUGGUAAAGGCAACUUCAUCAAUGUGGCUAGCCAGACUUGCCUCCCUUGUCCUGAAGACACAUACAAUGACAAGGAGAACCAACUCAAGUGUAUCGACUGUGUCCGACCAAAGCACACCAUGGGAACAGGAAAGGAUGAGGAAUCAGACUGUAGGCUAGAUUGGUGUAACCCUGGAUACCUGUAUGUUGAUGAUCUCAUCGACAAAUGUGUACCAUGCGGUAUUGGCUUCUACAGAACUAACAAUGACAUGAAAUGCAUCCAGUGUCCAAAUGGUCAGACUACGUACACAAACACUGCUACAUCUGCAGCAGCAUGUCAAGCUGCUGCCUGUGGUAAAGGCAACUUCAUCAAUGUGGCUAGCCAGACUUGCCUCCCUUGUCCUGAAGACACAUACAAUGACAAGGAGAACCAACUCAAGUGUAUCGACUGUGUCCCACCAAAGCACACCAUGGGAACAGGAAAGGAUGAGGAAUCAGACUGUAGACUAGAUUGGUGUGAUGCUGGCUACCUAUAUGUUGAUGAGACAAACGCCUGUGUCCCAUGCGGUAUUGGCUUCUACAGAACCGACCAUGACAUGGAAUGCAUCAGGUGUCCAAAUGGUCUGACCACCCUCACACCCACUGCCACUUCUGCUGCGGCCUGCACUGCUGCUGCCUGUGGUAAAGGCAACUUCAUCAAUGUGGCUAGCCAGACUUGCCUCCCUUGUCCUGAAGACACAUACAAUGACAAGGAGAACCAACUCAAGUGUAUCGACUGUGUCCCACCAAAGCACACCAUGGGAACAGGAAAGGAUGAGGAAUCAGACUGUAGACUAGAUUGGUGUGAUGCUGGCUACCUAUAUGUUGAUGAGACAAACGCCUGUGUCCCAUGCGGUAUUGGCUUCUACAGAACCGACCAUGACAUGGAAUGCAUCAGGUGUCCAAAUGGUCUGACCACCCUCACACCCACUGCCACUUCUGCUGCGGCCUGCACUGGUUCAGGUGCUGUGAAUGCAUUUGGUCUCACUAUGGACCUCCUGGUAGUGACUGAUCUGUCUGCCUCUACAACCUCAGCUGGUCUGGCGUCUGUGAGGACAUUUCUUUCUGAAAUGGUGUCCAGAAUGAGCGUCAAUAAUAGGUACACCCAUGUUGGGAACAUGGCAUAUGCACGUGGAGUGUCAACUCUGAUGACCCUCGAAUCAGGACAGUUCCCAGACAGGGUCCUGCGCUCUCUCAACUCCGGAUUCCGGAUCAGUCCGUUCAGAGAGGUGAACACGGGGUUCGCGUUACACCAAGCAUGUAAAGUGUUCACCUCGUAUUGCCGCCGUCAUGUUGAGAAGCGUCUGCUGCUUAUCACUGAUGAGAUUUCGUCUGACACGGGCCUGUCAAGAAUACAGAGUGAAAAACUGAAAGCCAAGGGUGUGCGGAUAAUUGUCAUAGGUUCUGAUGUGACGGAGGCUAACCAACUGGCCAGUGGGCCCCAGUACGUCUUCAAGAUCAACAGCUACACCAACAUGCCUUCACUAGAUGCCGUGUUGGUGGCAUUUAAAUAAAUGAUGCAAUUAUAUUUUCGGAACGAUCUAUGACAUUUCUUGUAUAAUUUGUAUUCCAAGCUUCGAUAGUCUUGUAGAUAACAAUUAUUGUGUAGUGUUUCCUGCACUUUCGGUUAAGGCAUCUUAUCAAACUUAACUACAAAUGAUUUGACGUUAAUUUAAAAUACAAGUGAAUUGGUGUUCACUUUUAAACUACAUGCGAUUUUAUUUUAUUUUGAACUACAAGUGAUUUUGACCUUCAUUCCAUCUGUAAAUGAUCUGACAAAUUCUACAAGUGAUUUUGCAUUCUUUCAAACUGCAAAUCAAAUGUGACAUUAUUUGCAAAUGAAAGUAUAAGAGAUUCUAAAUUAAUUCCAACAACAAGCUAUUCGAUUUUUAUUCUCAAAAGUGACUUGAAAUUAAUUUCUUCUGCGAGUGAUUCGACAUUUGUUCUUUACUAUAAGUGAUUUGACAUAAUUUCCAACAACAAAUAAUUUUAGCUUCAUUCAAAUUGCAAGUGAUCAAAUAUUAAUUCAAAUAAAGCACGGACCUAUAUGUUUGUAUAGGUCCCUGAAAAAAGCGAUUAAUUCUUACGUCAAGCAAUUUGAUAUACGUUUAAACUAUAAGUGAUUUAAAACUUAUUCAAAGUACCGGUGAAUUAAUGUUUGUUUAAACUAGAUGUGAUUUAUCAUAUAUUCAAACAACAGUGAUGUGACAUUCAUCAAACUUCACGUGAUUUGACAUAAUAUCCAACUUCUAGCAAUUUGACAUUAAUUCCAACAACAAGUGAUUUGCUAUUUAUUCAAACUUAAAGUGAUUUGUUAUUAUUUCCUGCUACAAGCGAUGUGCUAUUCUUUCAAAUAACAAAAGAUUUACACAUUUGUUGAAACAACAAGUGAUUUCAAACAAGAAGUGAUUUCUUACGCGCUCAAACUAUAAGUAAUUAAACAAGUUUUCAAACUAUACAGGAUUUGACAUGAGUUAAAACUACAAAUAAAUUAACAUGUAUUCUAGCUACGAGUGAUUUGACAUUCAUUCAGACUACAAGUGAAUUCACAUUUAUUCAAACUAAUAGUGAAUUGACAUUCAUUCAAACUACAAGUGAAUUCACAUUCGUUCAAACAAUAAGUAAUUUACCAUUCAUUUAAACUACAAGUGAAUUCACAUGUAUUCAAACUAUAAGUAUUUUACUAUUCAUUCAAAUUACUAGUGCUUUGACAUUUAUUCAAACUACACUGAGUUUAACAUGUAUUCUAACUGCAAGUAUUUUUAAGAUUUAUUUAAACCUCCUCUGAUGUGUGUCAUUUGUUAAUUACCAUCUACCGUUGAUUUACCAUACAGGUUAACUAUUACGAUUUAACUUUAUUAUUUACUAGCAUUAACUUUAUUUUUUUGGUGUUUUGAUUUCGCCUGUUUAGAUCAAAGAUCUAUAUAUACACAUGUUUUUUUUUUUAUAGAUCUUUGGUUAAGAUCCUGCAAAUAGCAAAAUAAAUGUGAUGGUUCAUGGUGUGUGUUUUUAACCAGGUUUUUCGAAGAAAAUAACUGGUUAUUAGAUUGGCGAAUGUCGGCGGGCGGGCUGGCGUGCGGGCGGAACAAGCUUGUCUGGGCCAUAACUCUGUCGUUCAUUGUCAGAUUUUAAAAUCAUUUGACACAUUUGUUCACCAUCAUAAGACGGUGUGUCGCGCGAAAGAAUCACGUCGAUAUCUCCAAGGUCAAGUUCACCAUUUGAGUUUGAAGGUCAAAAAUGGCCAUAAAUGAGCUUGUCCAGGCCAUAACUUUGUCGUUCAUCGUCAGAUUUUAAAAUCAUUUGGCAUAUUUGUUCACCAUCAUUAGACGGUGUGUCGCGCGAAAGAAUUACGUCAAUAUCUCCAAGAUCAAGGUCACAAAGGUCAAACAUGGCCAUAAAUGAGCUUGUCCGGGCCAUUACUUUGUGAUUCAUUGUGAGAUUUUUAAAUCAUUUGGCACAUUUGUUCACCAUCAAUAGAUGGUAUGUCGCGCGAAAAAAUCAUGUUGAUAUCUCCAAGGUCAAGGUCACAAUUUGAGUUUGAAGGUCAACAAUGGCCAUAAAUGAGCUUGUCUGGGCCAUUACUAUGUCAUUCAUUGUGACAUUUUAAAAUCAUUUGGCACAUUUGUUCACCAUUAUUGGACGGUGUGUCGCACGAAAGAAUGACGUCAAUAUCUCUAAGGUCAAGGUCGCCACAACUAAAAAUAGAUUUUGAAACAACUAUGUAACUAUGGAAGGAUGAUAACUCAAGAACGCUUAGGCCUAGGAUCUUGAAACUGCAUAGGUACAUUGAUCAUGACUGGCAGAUGAUCCCUAUUGAUUUUCAUGUCACUAAGUCAAAGGUCAAGGUCACAGUUACUUGAAAUAGUAAAAUAGUUUCCGGAUAAUAACUCAAGAAUGCUCACGCCUAGGAUCAUGAAAUUUCAUAGGUUCAUUGAUCAUGACUGGCAGAUGAGCCCUAUUCACUUUCAGGUCACUAGGUCAAAGGUCAAGGUCACAGUGACUCGAAACAGUAAAAUCGAUUCCGGAUGAUAACUCAAGAAUGCUUACACCUAGGAUCAUGAAACUUCAUAGGAACAUUGAUCAUGACUGGCAGAUGACCCCUAUUGAUUUUCAGGUCAAAAGUCAAGGCCACAGUGACUUGAAAUAGUAUCAUGGCUUCUGGAUGAUAACUCAAGAAUGCUUACGUCUAGGAUCAUGAAACUGAAAAGGAACUUUGAUCAUGACUGGCAGAUGACCCCUAUCGAUGUUCAUGUCACUAGGUCAAAGGUCAAGGUCACAGUGACUCGAAACAUUAAAAUGGUUUCCGGAUGAUAACUCAAGAAUACUUACGCCAUGGAUAAUGAAACUUCAUAGAUACAUUGAUCAUGACUGGCAGAUGACCCGUAUCAAUUUUCAGGUCACUAGGUCAAAGGUCAAGGUCACAGUGACUCGAAACAGUAAAAUGGUUUCCGGAUGAUAACUAAAGAAUAAUUAGGCCUAGGAUCAUGAAACUUCAUAGGUACAUUGAUCAUGACUGGCAAAUGACCCCUAUUGAUUUUCAGGUCACUAGGUCAAAGGUCACAGUGACAAAAAACUUAUUCACACAAUGGAUUCCACUACAACUGACAGCCCAUAUGGGGGCAUGCACGUUUUACAAACAGCCCUUGUUUUCUAAUUGAAAUCAAUGUCAAUUUUACACAAUAGGGUUAACAAUACGCAUUUGGAAUGGUCUCCCUUAAUCAGACUUUUUUUCAACUGAAAACCUGGUUUUGUGACAAUUUUGUCCCUUCUUCUAAAUUUAGUCUUGAAAAGAAUUAGAACAGAAAUUAUUAUAAAUAUAUAAGCUGGACUUAUAUAGGUCAAUGUAGGAAACAAAUGUGGAUAUAUUUGCGUUUCUUCCUCUGUUUAUGUAUGGAAUAAAACUAUUUAUCUUAUGUUUCAAUGAUUUUUAAAUUAAGUGUCCACAUGUGUUCAAUAACAGUAACCUGCAUAAUACCAUUUCUGUAACCAACAUAUGGAGAAAUAAAUAAUCGGAAAUA